UGCUCCUUCAACCUAACUCGACGGCGAAGGCGGAGUGACGACCAAUGGCAACGUGCGUGAGUAUGGGCUGGCCAAUAGGAGCGCGCCGGGCGCGGAUGUCGCGAAGGGCGGGGCCGCCACACGGACCAAUGACGCGCGGCGCUGUCGCCAUCGGCGUGAGCUGCGCGGCGGCUGGAAGUGGCUGUGCGGCCGCGACUGGGAAGGAGGCUGCGGCGGCGGUGGCGGCCGGGGCGGCGGAGGACGCGGACGAUGGCAGACUUUCUGAAAGGCUUGCCGGUCUACAACAAGAGCAACUUCAGCAGGUUCCACGCGGACUCCGUGUGCAAGGCCUCGUCAUUGUGACAGAAAAGACGAACAUCCUCCUGCGGUACCUGCACCAGCAAUGGGACAAAAAGAAUGCCGCCAAGAAGAGAGACCAAGAGCAGGUAGAGGCGGAGGGCGAGAGCUCAGCGCCACCCCGCAAGGUGGCCAGGACUGACAGCCCCGACAUGCCUGAGGACACCUAGACCCCACGCAGCGCCCCACGUCUGUCUGCUCUGUCCGCUCCC